CACUCUCACCGCACGCUCUCCAAUAGCGAGCAGACACAUGCGCGUGCGAGGGCUAUCUCUCCCUCUUCCCAAACACACACACACACACACACACACACACACACACACACACACACACACACACAUACACACACAUAUGCACCCACACUCAUCAUUAGAUAGGAACGGCGGAGGACCACGAGCCCGAGAAGACUCCAAAGCUCUGAGAGCGUAAGGAGCUGCGGCGGCACGGAGCGCACCUUCUGGGGUCCUCGCGCGGAGGCGGGGGCGCUCGAGCUGGAGGUCAUGGAGCACAUCAUCGGCGGGGCGCAUCUCCAGCACACGCACGCUGAGCCCAUCAGCUUCGGUAUCGACCAGAUCCUAAACAACGUGGAGCAGAGCUGCAUGCUGGGCGCGAGGAUGCACGAGCAGCCGGACUACGGUUACGGCGGCUGCGUGGUGAGCGCGGCCUACGGCGGCAUGAACGGCGGCUUCACGUGCAGCAAUAAUGGAUACAACAACAUGAACCACAUGAACAACAACAACAACAACUCCUGCGGGAUGGGGUCCCUUGGCGGCACGUACAACAUGAACAUGGGGGUGAGCUUGAACGGAAGUAAUGUGAACGGCGCCGGAGUGAUCCGCGUGCCGGCGCACCGGCCGAUGGGCAGCGGGCACGCCUCCUUACAGAACGGUGGCAUGAUGUCCGGGGCCAUCAACAACCUGACAGGACUCACGUUCCCAUGGAUGGAGAGCAACAGACGGUAUACCAAAGAUCGUUUCACGGUGGCCCUCUCACCACUCACUGUAACACGCCGCGUAGGUCACCCGUACCAGAACCGCACGCCCCCCAAAAAGAAGAAGCCGCGGACGUCGUUCACGCGCCUGCAGAUCUGCGAGCUGGAGAAGCGCUUCCACCGGCAAAAGUACCUGGCGUCGGCGGAGCGCGCGGCCCUCGCCAAAGCCCUGAAGAUGACGGACGCGCAGGUCAAGACGUGGUUCCAGAAUAGGAGGACCAAAUGGAGGCGGCAGACGGCGGAGGAACGAGAAGCUGAGCGGCAGCAGGCGAACCGCAUUCUCAUGCAGCUCCAGCAGGAGGCCUUCCAGAAGACCAUCAACCAGCCCGUGACCCCUGACCCGCUGUGCCUUCACAACAGCUCCCUGUACGCCCUCCAGAACCUGCAGCCAUGGACAGAGAACACGGGCAAAAUCAGCAGCGUGUCGGCAUGCGAAUAGGACCUCCAAAAACUGCCCUCAGUUUUUUUCUAUCAGCUUUUUUUAAAGAUUGUUCACUUGGAUGUUGGAUUAAAGAAGAAAAGACAGAGCGAGAGCGAGGGGGGCUGGAAAUAAAUUGGCAUGCUGCAUUGCAGUCAAAAUACUCUGGUGUUGGAAACGCCAUUACAAGGCAUAAGAAGACAUCAAUGACUUCAAGGACCAGAGAUUUGGCAAUAUAGACCAUUUAAACCGGCUCGAUAACCGCUAAUGGCGAACCCGAAUUUUAUCAGAUUAGGCAUCCUGGGGGGACCCACCCUCCCCAGAGUCAUAUUUUCAUAUCUUAACUCCCAAUUCUCAUCUUUGCAAUCAAUGAUUUUUUUCAAUAUUCAAUAUUAUCGACAUUUUUAUUUGACUGAAAGAGCACCUUUAGCACAUUUUAAAAAACUUUUUCUUGGCCUAUAUCCUCAAGCACUAUUUAACAGACAUUUCAAGAAGAUUUAAAACCACUUGUCUGUAUGAUGUAUUUAUUUCUCAUCACGUUUUCGGAUCUUUUAUACAUUAUAGCAUAGGCCUACGUUCAGUUGUCAAAGUAGCCUACACCAUAGAGGUAUCAUGUUGUUUAUAUUUCAUCUAGCCUACAAUAUUUGUUCAUGGCUAAACGCAAUUAAGAAGACCCCAUCCAUGUGCUGGAUUGUAUUUGUGUUCAUGUCGGAACAGAUUGCCUACAUUUUGUUUAAAUUCCGCAAGAUAUAGGAUAGCCUAUUUGACAAAAUACAAUUGAAUGUAAAUUAUUUUGAACAAGUUCCUUCUCAACAAUAUUAAACAAUAGCAACGGUUGCAACAUUAUUUGAUUUAACAAUAGGCCUAAUUCGUUUGGUUACAACAUGUUUCUUACUUGUGAUGUUGAUUUGACCAAUGAUGCAGCGUUAAGAAUCACCUGUUUCCAUCCCAUUUAAAAUGAAUUCAAGUUAUCUAUAAUGAUCGGGUGUGUUGCAUUGUUUUAAAUGUAAAUCAUUAACUUGUUAUUAAUGAGAACAAAGCCUAUUGGUCCUCAA